AUGGCUGACGAUUGCAUCGUCGAUGUCGUCGAUCGGAUGUUGUUGUUUAGCGGAGAUUUAGCGCAAAUUCUUGUGCCACCUGUGAAUCAAAGACCUUCACUUUCCGAUGUUCCAGUUGACUAUCGUCAGCAUGAAAGACAGCGAUGUCACGUGUUGUGUGUUGCUUGGACAGGAGUCGCAGCUAAUCUUCAGCCAAAUGCAAAAACGUUCACUUCAGCGUUCAAACUCAACAUUGUUGACCGAAAUCGCACAUCUCUGAUGAAACGACAACAAAAAGAAACACGACAACUUAUGCCCACUGAAAUUAUCAUCUGGAAUGAGAUUUCUACGACCCCGAAGUGCGCUCUUGUAGCUGUCGAUGGUUUGCUGUGUGAUACCGUGCAGAACGAUAGGCCAUUCGGCAGUAAGUUAUACAUCAUAGGGGGCGAUUUCCGACAAGUGUUCCCCAUAGUAGAGUACGGGCAGCGAGAUGACUUUGUGGAUUCAUUCGUGACAAAAUCUGUUCUGCGGCCAGUUCUCAAGAUUCACCGGGUUCAAGUUAAUAUACGAGCUCGAGAAGCUGGACUUGAAUGGGCCAAUUUCCUCCUGGACAAAAGCAAUGGCAACAUUAACGAUGGCGAAGGACGCGUUCAAAUUUUGGAGGAAUUACGGCGUCAAGGAAGUGUCGUUACGGAGGUUUUCGGCGAGUUUAUUAGUGCAGGUGAUACGAAUCUUUAUGAACAGGCUAUUUUGGCCCCUACAACCAUCAGUGUCAGGCAGCCGAAUAAUGAAGCCCUGAAACGGCUAUGCACAUGCGGUCCACAAGAUGUGCGCAUUUACAAACGAACAGUCGAUGAAGCACUCGAAUCACGAAGGAAGCUCAGAUGA